AUGGUUGGCAGAUGGAGGUGUGCAUGGCCGUUUGGCUUUGACUUAGACUCAAAUGACACACAAACAUACGAGAGACCUCCACCCUUCUUCCAUAACUUUGUCCUCGAAAACGGCAACCAGCCGGAGUACUUCCACUCGUACCUCGUUCAGUCGUCCCGGUCACAGCUUACCCAGUGCUACCCAUCCCUCUCCCCGUUCACCACCGUUGUCUUCUUCUACUUGAUCUUUGCCGCCGAUAUCGCCAUCUCCACCAUCAACAACGCCAAUCUGAACGCGAAGCCCGUGAUUUCUAAGUACAACGAUCUCAACGUUACGCUCGAUUUCCCUUCAAACAACCUCAAAAUCUACCUCAUCCGCGGCAGCCCCUUCGUGACCUGCAAAAUCAGGCGUAAGGUCUCUCUCUCGAUUUCCACAAACCACACGAUUCGGGUCCCCAACACCGACCUCACAAAAUACACAAUCAAGCUCAACAACAGCAAGACAUGGCUUCUGUAUGCCUCGCCCCCUGCAAAAUUAACCCUGGACAAAAAUAGCAUCAGCAGCUCCACCGACUCAAGCUAUCCUGUGAGCGGCAAAGCACUUUUCAACGAGCCUUUCGGAAUCGACUACAGAUGGAAGAAACAAGGGUCGGGAGAUUUGCAAAUCCUAGCCCACGCCCUCUAUCGCCGCCUCGUGCUCGACAAUUUGAAAUACAACAGUGUGGACGGUGAACUCUUUCUCAUAAUAUGUGAUUACUGGGCCAUGAAAACCGAGCCCGUGCCGGUGGCCUGGGACUCAAUCGAAGGCAUUAACAAACAAUACGACAUCACAUCAAAUAAUCGAAAAAUCAUUCUACAUCACAUCAAAUAA